AAAAAAAAUCAAUACAUAUGCAAAUAUAUAGCAACAACCGAACGAUGAGGACCAAAUUUUCACUUAAUCUGAUUUCUCCGGCGAAGAACAUGGUGAAGAUUCAUCCUGACAAGGCGUUUCCUGUGGAUUUUAGCGUGGGAGAAGGCAAGACUUCGCCGUACUUAACGACGGAGAAAGAGAGUUUCACGAUUUGGAUGAGAUCUCUUGUGUUUCAUAGUAAAGGCUGCACAGUUUUUGAUUCCAAAGGAAACUUAAUCUAUCGAGUGGAUAAUUAUAACUCCAAGAGUUGUAGUGAAGUUUACCUUAUGGACUUAUACGGCAAAAUCUUGUUUACAUUACGUCAAAAGAAAUUGGGAUUAUUCAAAUCUUGGAAAGGAUAUAACUCAACCGGGACAAGAUUUCAACUAAGAAAAAACUUCAAGAUAUUGCCAAAGGGUUCAUCUUCAUCAUACAAAGUUGUAAUGGGAUCGCGUAUAGUUGAUGGUGAUCAUCAAUCUUGUUAUAAGAUUGUAAAACGCAAAUCGGUUUUCACAAUCGAGGAUGGAUCAGGAAGAUUAUUGGCAGAAGUUAAAAAGAAACAAUCAAAUAUCAAAAGUUUAGAUCUUGGGAAAGAUGUAUUAACAAUGAUGGUGGAGCCACAACUUGAAACUGAGAUUUUCGAAGAAUUCAUCAAAAUGUGGAGAGAAUCGGCUUCGUUUAUCCUCGAUAAGCAUCAGAACAACAAACCCAUUUCUCUAACUCAUUCAAUUGAUUCUCCUCCACCACCAUCUGCUUCAAUGGCGGAUGAAAACCCUAACCCUAAUCCUAUUUCGGCUUAUUACCAAACCAGAGCGGCGCAUCAUGGAAUUGUGACUAGCGAGUGGUUGGAGCAGGCUCAAGCCGCGGUUCGACGUUACCCUGAUCGUGAUUCCUUAGUUUCGGGAAGACCCUUUAGCGUGAUUGAGGACUUUAAUAGUUGGAGACAGCAACCUGAUUUGGCGGAGGCUGUUGCGGCGAUUCGUGCUCUUGCGGCUGUUAUUAGGGCUAGUGAAGCUACUACUAUGAUGGAACUUGAAAUUGAACUCAAGAAAGCUUCUGAUACUCUGAAAUCAUGGGACACAACGUCGAUAUCCUUAACAGCGGGAUGUGAUCUAUUCAUGCGCUAUGUGACUCGAACAUCUGCUUUAGAAUUUGAGGACUUCAACUCUGCGAAAUCCCGUGUGCUUGAACGUGCUGAGAAAUUUGGGGAAAUAUCUUGCAAGGCCCGAACGAUAAUUGCAAUGCUUAGUCAAGAUUUCAUAUUUGAUGGGUGUACUAUUCUGGUCCAUGGUUUCUCCAGAGUUGUGUUUGAAAUACUAAAGACAUCAGCGCAAAACAAGAAACUCUUUCGAGUGUUGUGCACAGAGGGAAGGCCAGAUAAAACAGGUGUACUGCUAGCUAACGAGCUUGCAAAACUUGAUAUUCCUGUGAAGCUUCUGAUCGAUUCAGCCGUGGCCUAUAGCAUGGAUGAAGUAGACAUGGUGUUUGUUGGAGCUGAUGGAGUAGUUGAAAGUGGCGGGAUAAUUAACAUGAUGGGAACUUACCAAAUCGCCCUAGUCGCACAGAGUAUGAAUAAACCAGUCUAUGUAGCUGCAGAGAGUUACAAGUUUGCACGGCUCUACCCGUUGGAUCAAAAGGACUUAGAACCAGCCUUGCGACCUAUUGAUUUCAGUGUUCCUGUUCCUCCUAAGGUUGAGGUAGAAAGAUCUGCAAGGGACUACACUCCUCCUCAGUACUUGACUCUACUCUUCACUGAUCUUGGUGUUCUCACUCCAUCUGUAGUAAGUGACGAGCUUAUUCAGCUUUACUUGUAAGUGAAGCUGUCUAAUUCCUAUAGCUGGUCUGAAAUCUCUCAUUUUUUGUAUAAAAAUAAAAACAAAAACACCAUAUUUUUGGCUAUACACAGACAUAGUUUGUCUCUGAUUCUUACUGCUAAUGCACAUUUUUUUUGGUAGUAGCGAGAUCUUUGUGACUUGUCAUCUUUACUCAAAAUUUAUCACCCAAGUUUCAAUAUAUAGUUACUAGUAUAU